AUGGCCACAGAACCUACGCAGCAGGAAGAGCAUGUCGCAAACACGGCAAAUGCCAACGCGGCGCAUCGCGAAGCAUACGACUACUGGGGCUACCUUUUUCAAGACGACAAAUGUGGGACGCGCAAACUCGAUGGUCUGCUCAGAGGCAUUGCAGAGGUUAUUAGCAAGAAGUUUGAACCCAGCGACUCGCCUGAUCUGACGCCGUCGCAAAUCGCAGCUUGGUACCGCAGUGUUGGCGGCGACUACGAUGUCCUGUUUACGGACACGCCGCCGUCUUCGAUUGCAUUCAUCUACCGCUCGCUGGGCGCAUACCACAGUUUGCAACCCGCAGCGGACGACGACGGGUAUUCGAGCCCAACGAUACCGGCCUUGAAGAAGCAAGGGUUUGUAACGUGGCAGACUAUCCAGCUGUUGCUGGGACCAGAAGAGCACGUACCAUUUCUCCAAAGAGCUGUGGAACUGGACGACAUACCGGACCCCGAGACGGGCAAUAUUUUCCCCAAGAUCCUUCCCAAAGAGUGUUUUCCAGACAAGCCCGACGAUGCCAUGGAGGCGUGGUAUCACAAUGUCGCAGCCAGACUCAAGAAAGAGGCGGAAGAGGAGGCUAACGAUGGGAGCACCGACGAAGCGAGACUACGUUCUUCUACCGAGUACGAGCCUUCUUCGGCUGACGAGAAGCAUGGGGCAUUCCGAUACUUUGAAGAUCCGCUGUACCGCAACGAGAGACCAAGGCCUACUUUUAUGCGUCACGUCAUGAAGCAGUCUACGCGACCUGUCGACGAUCGCGACCGGGCCGUCACUUCACGGGUCAGGCACAUGCUGAACCCACUGAAUCCAUUUGCUAGUAGAAAGAAGACUAUGCCAGGUCGGUACGAAAGCGACAGCUACUCAGAUGAAGAUGCGACACCUGUAGCAUCUGUACCCCAGGCAGCACCUAGAUAUCCUGCACACAAGCGCCCCCAACCGCCGCGUCGCGAGUCUUCACUAUCGACGACCGAGUCGGAGUCGGACUCUGAUGCGGAUCAAUCUCCUCGACGCCGGACGCCAAUACUGCGUACUCGCAGAUCCCACGAUGCACCUGCAGAACAGCCGGGCUAUUUCCCCACUUACCACGAGGCGCGUCGAUAUUCCAACCAACACGAGACGGUUCGGAUGGAAGGACGAAGUUCUACGGCAACAUCACCACAGCCGGUGUAUCGGCCGACUACAUCGCCGCUGUUUGCGACACAGGUAGCUCAUGCGCAGCAGGAAGCAAGGAAGUACUAUGAACGCAGACCGGCCAUGCCUCCACGCACGAGCUACAGACCUGUGCCUGCGCCACACAGCGGGGUGCGAUGGGGAUCACCAACACUGCACCCUGUACCGCCAUCUCGCGAAGGUGAGAGUGCAUAUGUGCGGGAGCGAGAGCAUCAAUAUCGUGAGCGAGAGGGGCACGAUGGGGGCAGCAGCAGCGGGCGAUCACACCGACGGCACUCUACAGACGUAGAGUAUCCUCGAGAGCGCGAGCGCGAGCGUGACAGUGACAGGAGACGAAGCCACGACCGGGCCAAAGACGAAUGGGAUGAUCGCGACUAUGUACGAUCAAGAAAUGGGAGUCGGGAUAGGGACAGGGAGCGAGAUCGGGAGCGGGACAGAGGGCGGGAUCCACGGAUGCAUAGCAUGGCUACCGCAUCGCGGGAAUCAGAGCUGAAGCAGCAAGGUGUCCUCGAAGCAGCAAAAGACCCCAACAGCUCCAUUACCGCGCGCCAGGCAGAACAAUCAAUUGUCAAUCAGGCGCAAGCCGCGGGCAGUGUCGCCUAUCAAUUCGACCCAGAUGCCAGUCCCGACCAGAAGCGGGCACAAGCUAGAGCCAAACUUCCACCUGGCUUCCACCGCGAGCACAAAGCUACCGCACUCGUAUCAGACGCCGAUGGCGACGGUCCUGCCCAGUACGACCUGCCCACGCCCACCAAGGCUGGAGCAAUCCAGACACCAGACGGUACAAAGGCAAAUGGUCACGCGCCCGAGCAACUCGACGAAGAUGCGCGGUGGGAGCGAGUCGGAUGGGCCCCACGGUUUGGCAUGCCAGGUUCGGAGAACAAGGACGAGGACGAGCCCUCUCUGGCAGACCAUCAGACAUGGCUCGAGGGCAAGCUCGAGGACAAGUUCUUUGGUGACUGGUACCACAAUACCGGCAUCAUCAUCUUUGCCUGUCUGAGCUCGUGGGUAGUGGGCAUUCUCGGCGGCGGACUAGGCUGGAUCAUGAUCUUCAUGGCCGUCUGCGGAACCUACUACCGGACAUCCAUUCGCCGCGUGCGUCGCAAUGCUCGAGACGACCUCAAUCGUGAAAUGGCCAAGAACAAGCUGGAGACGGACAAUGAGAGUCUUGAGUGGAUCAAUAGCUUUCUCGUAAAGUUUUGGCCUAUUUAUGCGCCCGUCUUGUGUGACACCAUUGUUGGCACCGUCGACCAAGUCCUGUCUACUUCAACUCCGGCAUUCCUUGAUAGUCUGAAGAUGACGACGUUUGUGCUCGGAACGAAGCCUCCGCGACUGGAGCAUGUCAAGACGUAUCCAAAGACCCAGGACGACAUUGUUCUUAUGGACUGGAAGUUUAGCUUUACGCCAAACGACACGGCCGACCUUACCGCAAGGCAGAUCAAGAACAAGAUUAACCCCAAGGUUGUGCUAGAAAUCCGCGUCGGCAAAGGUCUUGUCAGCAAAGGUUUGGAUGUCAUCGUCGAGGAUAUGGCCUUUUCAGGCCUUAUGCGCCUCAAGUUCAAGCUACAGCUACCCUUUCCCCACAUCGAAAAAGUCGAAAUGUCCUUUCUGGAACGCCCAACCAUUGACUAUGUUUGCAAGCCGUUGGGCGGUGAGACUUUUGGCUUCGAUAUCAACUUCAUUCCGGGAUUGGAGACGUUUAUCAUGGAGCAGAUUCAUGCUAAUCUCGGCCCCAUGAUGUACGAACCCAACGUUUUCCCCAUUGAAAUCGCCAAGAUGCUUGCUGGUAAUCCCGUCGAUCAAGCUAUUGGUGUUUUGCAAAUUCAUUUCCACGGCGCACAAGGCCUCAAGAAUCCCGACAAGUUCUCUGGCACUCCUGACCCCUACGCUACUGUUUCAAUCAAUAAUCGCAAUGUACUUGGACGCACUAAGACUGUGCAUGAGAACGCUAACCCGAGAUGGAAUGAAACCGUCAACAUUAUUAUCACCUCGCUGAAAGACUCUCUUACCAUCAACAUCUUUGAUUACAACGAUAUCCGAAAGGACAAGGAACUCGGUACCGCAACUUUCGCUCUGGAACAGCUCGAGGAGGAUCCCGAUCAUGAGAACCUACAGCUCGAGGUCAUGUCAGGCGGACGAGCCCGGGGUCUGGUUUCGGCAGACGUUCGCUUCUUCCCUGUUCUAGGAGAGACCACUCUUGAAGACGGCACCAAGGAGCCACCGCCAGAGUCGCGAACUGGUAUCUGCAAGUUUACAGUGGAGCAGGCCAAGGACCUUGAUGGCAGCAAGAGCAUGAUUGGACAAUUGAGCCCAUAUGCCGUGCUACUCCUCAACGGACAUGAAAUCCAUAAAUCACGCACCAUGAAACGAACCAACCAACCGAUCUGGCCAGACGCCUCCAAGGAGAUGCUUAUUACCGACCGUAAGAAGGCAAAGCUGGGUCUUGUAAUCAAAGAUGACCGCGAACUUGGAACUGAUCCGAUCCUUGGCACUUACCAAAUUACCAUUGAUGACAUGUUGGAGUUGAUGGCCAAGGGCCAUGAAUGGUACAACAUUGCCGGUACCCAAAGUGGCCGUGUGAAGAUGAAGCUCGAUUGGAAGCCUGUCGCACUCAAGGGGGCCAUAUCAUCAGGUGGCUAUCUCACGCCUAUCGGUGUCAUGCGACUGCACUUCCAAAGCGCUCGUGAGCUGCGCAACCUCGAAGCGCUCGGCAAGUCUGAUCCGUACGUCCGCGUUUUGCUCUCUGGCAUUGAAAAGGGCCGUACAGUCGUAUUCAAGAACAACCUCAACCCAGACUGGGACGAAGUCAUAUAUGUGCCUGUACACACCGUCCGCGAGAAGCUUACGUUGGAGGUCAUGGACGAGGAGAAUCUUGGCAAAGACCGCACAAUGGGACACAUUGAACUCCUGGCUGGUGACUACAUUAAGCAGGACGAGAACGGUGAAUACCUUGAAUAUGAACAAAAGCAGCCUACUGCAGGAGCCUUGAGGAUGGCUGGACAAACUCAAUCCAGAGGCACGCUAAACUACACCUGCUCAUUCUACCCAACCUACCCAACAUGGGAUCCUGAAGAGGACGAGGAAGAAAAAGAAGAAGAGAAGAAGGUUUCGGCCAAUGGUUCUACAUCGGAUGACCCCAAGAUCGGUGGCCAUCAGCGCGUAAUGUCCAAUACUUCCAUCGCAAGCAAAGCCGAGACUGUAGGCACCAUCUCAUCGCUGAAGUCGAGCGAGAAGGACAUGCUGAAGGAGCUUGAGAAGAAUGAGCUGCAACAGGUCGAUUCAAUUCCCGAAAAGAAGACAAUUGAGAAGUUGAAGCUUACUGCAGACGACUUGCAGAAAUAUGAAUCUGGUCUGCUUGUGUUCAAGCUCAUCGAAGGCGAGUUUGCCAGGACUGGUGGUCAUGUCGAUGUCAUUAUGGACGACAUGGCAUAUGCUAGUUAUAUCAGCACCAAGAUCAGGAGCAACAAGAUGACUUUCAACGACAUUGGUGAUACUAUGAUUCGAGAACUCGACUUUUCCAGGAUCACUCUCCGUAUCAUGGAGCAUGAUGACAACGACAGCGAAGACCAGGAUGACCAUGUCAUUGCCAAGUUGACUGGAAACACCAUUGAUACGCUGCGGAAAGCUUUGAACACGCCCACCACUUUUACCCUGAAAGAUAAGCAUGGACGUGACAACAGGAUCACUGUGCUGCUCAAGUACAUUCCCGUCAAAAUGCGUCUGGAUCCCAGCGAAUCAUUCAACAACCAGGGUACUCUUCGGGUAGACGUACUUGAUGCGGCGGAUCUGCCUGCAGCUGAUCGCAAUGGCUUCUCGGAUCCUUACUGCAAGUUUGUGCUCAACGACAAGGAGGUGUACAAGACCAAGACACAGAAGAAGACACUACAUCCUGCUUGGAAUGAGUACUUUGAAGUACCAGUGCGCAGCCGGACAGCAGCUGAUUUUGUUGUCAACGUCUACGACUGGGACUUUGGCGACAAGGCCGACUUCCUUGGUAAAGCCUCCAUCAACCUGGAGAUUCUUGAGCCUUUCCAGCAGCAAGAAGUUACCCUCGCACUCGAUGGAAAAUCCGGUGCCAUUCGUCUGCGCAUGCUGUUCAAACCAGACUAUGUCAUGCGAUCACGCCAGGGCUCAAGUACCUUCUCUGGUACUUUUGCUGUUCCGGGCAAGGUCAUUGGCGCUCCCGUAAAAGGCGUCGGCAAGGGCGCUGCCUUUGUGGGCGGUAACGUCGUCCGUGCAGGAACAUUUCUUGGCCGUGGCUUCAAGCGCAGAAAGUCUCGUGGCGAAGCCCCAGAAGACGAACCCGAGCGUCCAGACACCGCUACAGACCGGCCAUCGGCUGACACGCCCGUCAUCUCGAUCGAAGGUGAACCCACCACACCCCCGAAGGAUGGCUCGAACCACAAUAGACAUCGCAGCUGGGGUGCUUCAAGCUUCCACAGUCGCUUCGGUGAUAACAAUGGUGUCGGAAGCGCAGAGCAAGGCACGGCUAACAUUACUGUCCUGAGCGCCGACGGCUUCGCCCCCAAUACUAACAUUCGCGUACACAUUCAGCUCGGCAAGAAGGAAAUCCACAAGACAGAUCACAUCAAGGCUCCUCAGGGCUCUGCGACAUUCGAUCCAUCUGAAGAGUCCUUCAAGGUGCCCUGCACCGCCGAUGCCUUUUUCAAAAUCAUCGUCAAGAACCACGCCAAAUUCGGUCGCGACGAGGAGCUUGGUGAGGCUCAGUUCACAGUCUCCGAUCAGGGCAGUGGGAGUGAUCAGAACAUAGGUGUGGGCAAGGGUAUGGUAACGCUUCGCACAAGUUUCCUGCCCAGCGACGCUACCAGCCAGCAUGGUAGCGUUAGUCCGAGACCCAAGGGACGGGGUGGUUUGCUGAGGAGAGAUCGGAGUACGACGCCUGCUUAG